CUGGCAGAGGGGCUUGUCUUUCUAGUGGAAUACACAAAGGGACACCUUGUACCCUAAUUCAGCAUAAAUCAGAAAAAUACGAACAUCCGACUGAGAGUUGAUGGAGAGAAGAAAACAUUUCAAAACUAUGUCUGUAGUUGACUUUUUUUGGAUAGUGCUAGUGGGUUGUUUUGCCUUCUGUCAUGCAGCACCUACAAUUGCGCCAACAGUUUCACCAGUGGAGGAAAACCUGGCAGAGGAUUACAUUUCUCGGUUCUACGCUGACGUUGGGAUGACAAACUCCACACUACGAAGAGCUGUUCAGAGCAAUUUCAGUCAGGAUCUACAGACCAUGCAGGCUUUCUUUGGCCUGGAGGUGACUGGAGUCAUGAAUAAUGAGACUACGACUGUAAUGAAGGAGCCCAGGUGUGGUGUGUCUGAUAUCAGCCGAUAUGGACACUUUAGUGGGAGACCCAAGUGGGAGAAGAGGCUGAUUACAUACAGGAUCACUCAAUACACUCCAGAUCUGACCCAGAGUCAUGUGGAUUCAACCAUCGCUCAGGCCUUCCAGCUGUACAGCGAUGUCAUCCCGCUCAACUUUAAGCAGGUCUACAGCGGUAAUGCGGACAUCAUGAUCCUUUUCAAGGGUGGAUAUCACGGGGACUUUUACCCUUUUGACGGGGCGGGUGGAGUCUUGGCUCAUGCUAACUCUCCUGGACGGGGUCAGGGAGGGGACACACACUUUGAUGAUGAUGAAACCUGGACUCUUAGCUCAAGAGGUGUUAAUCUUCUGCUGGUGGCAGCCCAUGAGUUUGGCCAUGCACUUGGCCUGGAUCACUCCAGGGACAGAAGGGCACUUAUGUACCCCACCUAUCGAUAUGUCAACACUAAUAGGUACAGGCUGCCCGAUGAUGACAGGCGUGGGGUUCAAGCCCUAUAUGGCAGUCGUACGCCAGUGCCAACAACAGCACCGAAACCUAAACCACCUCCUGGUCCGGACCCUGGACCAGAGCCAGAGGAACCAACAGAGGAUCCAGAAGACCCUCUGCCAAACCCCAGAGAUGAGCAGUGCAGCCGAGAGCUGGUGUUUGACGCUGCUACCUCUAUCAAGGGAGACCUCUUCUUCUUUAAAAAUGGAUACUAUUGGAGGAAGAGUACAACUACCAGUGGAAUCCGUUUAACGAAAGUGAGCACAAAAUGGUCACAAAUCAACUCUGUCGAUGCUGCAUUUGAAGUCCCAAACAAGGAUGUGGUGUGUCUUUUUGAGGGUCGUCAAUACUGGUGCAUUAGGUCUCAUGCAAAGACAAUAAUUUCAGGGUAUCCAAAGCCUCUUACAAACCUUGGCCUGCCCUCUUCAGUCAGUAAGGUCGAUGCAGCUGUCUAUGUGCCAACUACUGGAAAAACACUCAUAUUUGUGAAAAACCUGUAUUGGAGUUAUAAUGAGAGAAGAAACCAAAUGGACUUUGGAUACCCACGAUCAAUAAUUCUGGAUUUCCCUGGCAUAGGCUUCAAAGUUGACGCUGCCUUUGAGAAUUAUGGAUAUCUUUAUUUCUCAGAUGGCCCCCGGCAGAGUGAAUACAACCUGCCCUACAAGAGAGUGAUACGUGUACUGCUCAACUACGGCUGGCUCAACUGUUACUAAGAACUCACAGACAACAGAUCAAUGUCUAAGAUGUGCUUGCUGCCAGCAUGUCAUGAACAAAUAAAUGACCUGAAUAACAAUAUUUUACAUUUUUA